GUCCUCAACAAAUCUCAAAACAAACAAAAAAGAGUAAAGAAAAACCUAGGUUGCUCGGCGCAAACCCUGGUAGCUCCACCAUGUCGUCUCUGCUGCGCUCUCCAGCCAUCCGCCGCGCUCUCUCGGCCGCCUCAUCGGGAGGACCGCAGGGAGGUUCCUCCCUCCGUGCGCCCUCAGCAGCAGCCCCUGCCGCUGCAGGAGAGGGAGGAGCGACCGUCCGCCGUGGUCUUGGGCUCCCGACCGUGCCGCGCCGCCACCUCUCCGGACAAGAGCAGAACGGCAAGCCUCCUACUCUUUCCACCGAUCAGAUCAAUGUGAUAAAUCAGAAUCUGAAGAAAAUGCAAGCUGCUAUGGACAAUGGAUUAGUUGUAUGUGGAACCAUUAGAUUUCUUCUUGAGGAAGGCAAGCUACGCAGUCCGUUUGUUCAGUGUGCGUGGAUGCUUGGUGUUACUAGCUUGCUUGGUUUCUUCUGCCGGACAAGUGAUGAGUCAGCGAAGGGAGGCUAAUUCGGCGCUUUAUUGUCAUCUGCAGACCGUAAUUUGACCUGAAGAAGGGAACCAUUUCGAGAAAUGCCUGAGGUAUGCCUCAAGGAUCUAGAUGCACCUGAAGAGUAUUUUUUGUUUUGUUUUGAUGGUAUUAAUUAAGGGCACUUGUUAACCUGUUUAUGAAAAAGACUGCGUGUCUUCCCUUUUAGCAACAGAGGAGGAGUCCCAUAUAACUCCUGGAACGAGUUGCUGUGGCACUGUUUGCAUAUCUAAUCUCAACUUAUGUUAUUAUCGAUCCAGGUUGUAUAUGAAUCUAAGUGUAUCUGAUGAAUUUAAACAUGUUUAAUCUUUAA